CACAUCCCAGAUCCUCUCUGCACAAUACGGAGUUGCAGAGUUUGGAUGGACUCACGGAAAGAGUACACAUGCCGCAGAAAGAGUUUUGCAGCCGAGUGGGGAAGUCACGAACAAGGCCCAGCAAAACGGAGCUAAACGGCUAAAAAGUUAGCAGUCACGUUCAUCCGGGAGAUUUCGGUGGUUUGGGGCCAAAUACUAAUAAAAGGGAGCGCUGCACUUUUAGGGUUACUCAGGACACACCCAGUCCUAACUUCAACACAGGAACUGAAUGAUCAGAAAGAGACACAGGAAAGACAACUGGAUCCUUCUGGGGAACAGCCCAGCCUAAUCACAGAGACUGUGAGAUAGCUUCAAGAGAGAAGUUACAUCCUUGACACGAUGGGGGAUUCAGGCGAGGACUAUGGAAACUACUCCUAUGAAUACUACUUGGAGUACGGUGACCUGGAGGAAUUUAAAGUAGACCACAAGCAGAGGGAAACAAUGCAUAUAAUCUCAGUGGUCAUCUACAUAAUUUCCUUUGUGCUUGGUCUGAUUGGAAAUGGAACCGUUAUUUGGGUGACAGGCUUUAAAAGCAAAAAGACCGUCAACAGUGUUUGGCUGCUCAAUCUAGCCCUGGCAGACUUUGUAUUUGUUCUUUCUCUCCCUUUCUACAUUGAUUACAUACUGCGGGACUUCCACUGGGACUUUGGUGUGGUCAUGUGUAAACUUAACUCAUUUGUGUCUGUGAUGAACAUGUAUGCCAGUGUGCUCUUUCUCACAGUGCUCAGUAUUGACAGAUAUGUCUCUCUGAUCCACCUCAACUGGUGUCAGAAGUAUCGCACUAUAGAGAGAGCCUGGAUUGUAUGUGGUUGCAUAUGGGUGCUGGCUGCUGCCACUAGCUGUCCUGCACUGAUUUUUCGUGACACCAUGCGCCUCCAUGACAAGGUGGUGUGCUUCAACAACUUCCACACACAGGACGGACAUACAGCGGCCAUGAGACACAUCAUGAUAGUCGUCAUCCGCACCACAGUUGGCUUCCUUUUGCCGUUUACUGCCAUAAGUGUGACGGGCAUACUUCUGUCAAUCAAAGUGAAGCGAUCUGGGGGCUCGGUCCGGCUUUCCAGCUUCUCUAAAACAGUCUCUGCUGUAAUUCUGGCCUUCUUUUUAUGCUGGGCACCUUUUCAUACUUUCAGCUUGAUGGAGUUAUCCAUACAUUCCUCAGUAUACCUGCACCACAUACUGAAAGCUGGCUUUCCUCUCGCCACCAGCUUAGGCUUUUUUAACAGCUGCAUUAACCCCCUUCUGUACAUGCUCCUGGGCAAAAAGGUGCGUCAUAUCCUGAAACGUGCAUGCCUGGACAUUACUAAGAGUUCACUGAGAGAGCUCAGCCAGUCAAUCUCUGCCACUGAGGUGGAGUCUGUGCCAGCAGUUACCCAGGACAGUGUCCCAGAAGAGCCUGUGGAGUCAUCAACUCUAUGAUUACAACUAUCCCCAGACUGUAGCAGUUGUCCAUGAAAAACAUGAAAGUAAGACUGGCUAUUACUUUAGCGUAAAUGGGGAGGAUUAUCAUAGCUGUUCUUUCCAGUUGGAGUGUUAGGAUUUUCCUAUUUUGUUUCAUUUGGACAGAGGAAUGCGUAAUUACUCUCAAUGGAAAAGCUGGGUGGAACUGUGUAUAACAUACACAUGGAUUUAGUGUCUUUCCAUUUAGUUUAAAAGUGAUUUAAAGAGAAAGAGGCAAAAAAAAAAAAAAAAUCAAAGCUGAAACAAGUGAUUAAUUGAUCAUCACAAAUUAAUUAAUUAGUCAUUAUUUUGAUCAAUGUAAUUUAAUUUGAAUUGAAGCAUUCUCUUUCAGAAAUAGAAAUCCUAAGUAUCCCGGGUUUUGGACUGUUGCUCUGAUGGAACAAGCAAGAUGAAAAUGUCGCCUUGGGCUAUAGAAAAAUUAUAAUGGACAUUUUUCAUAUUUUUAGAAAAAAAUACACAGAUUCAUCCAUAACGACAGUAAUCAUGAUUUGCAGUCUUAUAUCAAAUGCAUCUUACAUAUUUACUGAAUCUUUUGGUUGUACUCUUGAAGCACUACUCUUUGGUUCUUAGAGAUAAAAUAUAUUGCAUAAAUCUAUUGUAGUCUAACAUUAUUAUGUUUUAUACUGGCUGCUAGUUACCAAUUAAUGUUUUGUAAGAUUUUUUAAAACUAGUUGAGAGUUGUAUAAAUGUUUUAUUCUAAUAUAUUUCAAGUAAAUAGCAUAUUUCUUAUUAAAUCUCUUCUUCUGAA